AUGGCGAAAAAGUUGAAAAUUCUAGAUUUGACAUGCUGCAAUGAGUUAACCAAGACACCUGAUUUUUUGGAGUUUGGCAAGUUGGAGAAACUGAUUCUCGCUGGCUGUGAGCAAUUAUCUACAAUUGAUAGCUCAAUCGGUAAGCUAAAAUUGCUAAAUACUUUGAAUAUUGAGGGAUGUGCAUGCCUUGAAGGGUUGCCUGAAGAAAUUGGUUCUUUAGAAUACUUGUCGGAGAUUAUCAUGCCUUGCUUCGGCAAAUCGUUCAAACUUCCUGAGACACUAGGCGAUCUAAAAUCUUUGACAAAGUUUGAAAUUCAAUUUCAUCCGGGUAUCUACCGACUUCCUUAUUCCAUAGGAAUGUUGAAUCUCACACGUUUGGUUUUGUCUAACUGCAAGAAUCUUUAUGAGCUUCCAGAUUCUAUCGGGGAAUUGGAAUUAUUAGUUGAGUUGGAUUUAAAACUCUCCGGGAUCUCUGUUCUCCCCGAUUCCAUUGGAAGGUUGAGGAAUCUCAAGCAUUUGCUUUUGUUUGGGUGUGAGAAUUUACAUGAGCUUCCAGGCUCUAUUGGGGAACUAGAAUCAUUGGUGGAGUUGGAUUUAGAACUCUCAGGGAUCUCCAUUCUCCCAAAUUCCAUUGGAAGGUUGAUGAAUUUCCUACAUUUGUCUUUUUCUAAAUGCAAGAAUCUACAUGAGCUUCCAGAUUUUAUUGAGGAACAAGAAUCAUUAGUCGAUUUGGAUUUAAGUUACUCGGGAAUAUCAGAUCUCCCUUAUUCUAUUGGAAGAUUAAAGGAUCUCAAGCAUUUACUUUUAUCUGAAUGCAAGAAUCUACAUGAGCUUCCAAACUCUAUUGGGGAACUAAAAUCAUUGAUCAAGUUAGAUUUAAAACUCUCAGGGGUAUCCAUUCUCCCUGAUUCCAUUGAAAGGCUGAAGAAUCUAAAACAUUUGCUUUUAUUAGAAUGUAAGAAUCUAAAUGAUCUUCCGAACUCUAUUGGGAAACUAGAAUCUUUGGUCGAGUUAGAUUUAUCGCUUUCGGGGAUUUCGAUCUCCCUAAUUCUAUUGGAAGGUUAA